GCUACUUUUUUGUAUAAAACUUCGUUUGAGGUUUUUCGAAUUUUUUUUUGUGGCCCGUGUAAAGUUAAUAAACUAUUUCUAGUUCACUGCUGACAUAAACAAUAAUUUUUAUCAGCUCUUCUUACCAGAAAGGCAGUGAAAUUCAUAGCAAGUGUUCCAGUAAAGUGAAAAGUAAUGGAUUCAACAAUAUCGGUGUCUAAGGGAUGCUUCGUAUUCAAAGGAGCUGCUGAAGGAAAAAAGGGGGGAGCCAUAAAAAGAAAGCUUAAAGAUGACAAUGCUACUAAUUUGCAAACUCAAAUUUCCAAGCAACCUUUCUACUCAACUUACACUGAUACUUGGCGCAGUUUGGAAAUUCAUAUUGAUCAACUGCAGUCACAAAGUUAUACAAAGACGCUUGAAGAUGUGGUGCAAUAUGUAGAAAAUGAAUGUAUUGUUGGAAAUACAGAUACAUAUGACAUGGAAGAGAUAGUGCCAGCAGCUGCUCUCUUGACGGGUGUGAACCAACCUGAUCAUUUGGAGCAAUUUGCCACUUUAACACAAAGAAUAUUAGAGAAAAUGUCCGCGUCUGUGUGUAUGUUGCAAUCUCGUGAUUGUUCUACACUGAAAUCUGCGGUAGAAACAAUGGUGUACAAUUUCAUAGAAUGCGCGCAAGAGCGCCCACCUCAGUCAGACCUUGAAGAUGAAGAUACAGAAAAACGUGAAAGAAAACGGCUUCGUCGUACUCAAUGUAAUAUGCGACAAUUAGUACAUUGGUAUCGCCGCAAAUACAUAAAGCCUUAUCACAACAAAGACAAUGAGGACGAUGGAGUGGAUGAUGAAGAGGAACAUAGUCCUCAUGCAAAACAAAGAACCAAGCGUUCUCAUGCUUUAGUUGUUAUUUUACCAGAUUUUGAAUGCUUCAAUACAACGAUAUUACAAGAUCUAAUUUUAAUACUGAGUGCUUACUAUGCACACUUGCCAUUUGUAUUAAUAUUUGGUGUAGCGACUUCCGUAUCCGCUGUGCAUAAUGCACUGCCUUAUCACGUAACCAGUAAGGUGAAACUUUGCGUAUUCAAAACACAAACGGCUCCUGUUUGUCUAAAUGAGAUUCUCGAACGGGUUAUUCUUUCGCCUAAAUACGCUUUCCACCUUUCCGGCAAAGCUUUCAAGUUCCUCACGCAUAUCUUCCUCUACUAUGACUUUUCUAUUCAUGGCUUCAUACAGGGCUAUAAAUACUGUUUAAUGGAGCACUUUUUUCAAGGAAAUGCCUACGCACUUUGCUCUAAUUACACGGCCUCCUUGAAUCAAAUUAAAAAUCUUUCACACGAGGAUGUUGAAUGCAUACGCCGUUUGCUUUCAUUUCGCCCAUAUGUAGAAAGCAUUAAUGAUUGCAAGCGUAUAAUUGCCAUACUCACCGAUGAUAAUUACUUGAAAAAGAAAUUGCCGCAAUUAUUGCGAGACUGUCACAUACACUUUAUGUUACUCCGCAUAUUUCUAGAAUUUCUCACUGUCUUAACUGGUGAUUUACCCAAAUGUCCUUUAGGUAAACAGCGUCGUGAACUCUACUCUUUUUGCCUAUCCAAAGAACUACGUGACCAACCAGAAUUUAAGGAAUGUUGGCAAAUGCUUAGCUUCAUGUCCAAGGAUGAAUUUGUCUCAAAAGUUUCCAAAGCGAUUUCAGUAACCGAAGAUUUUUUGCACUCCGAAAUCGUUGAUUUAGAGUUAGCUGAGGAUUGCAUGACGACGGUGAAUGAAAAAUUACAAGCGCUAAAAGAUCUCUUAACGAAAGUGGUAAUGUCCGGUAUGGACGAAAAAUCACCGACCAACAGUACGGCCGCGCCGAGUACACCUGCAACUCCGGAAGCUAAUAAGCAAAAAUUCACUUCACGUCAAGAUCUGAAAGAACACUUGCUACAAAUGUCCAAACAACACAAUAAACCAUCUUCCGAGUAUGCACAAUCUGUGGCUCAGACACUUCUCUAUAUACAAAAUGAAAUUAUUAUCAAAUAUAUGGCGCCACUGACACGUUCGCCGCCACUGCAUGAGCUGUUCGUUUAUAGCGAUGUGUCCACGGUACGGCGCCACAUUAUUGGUGCACCUCGUGCGGCACUUCACAUGGCACUGAACAAUCCGCACUACUACUUACAAUGUAAAUGUUGUCAAUUGUCCGAAUCAAACCAGUUGUUGGCCACACUACCGGAUUUAUCAGUCGCUUACAAACUGCAUCUGGAAUGCGGUCGUAUGAUAAAUCUGUUUGAUUGGCUGCAAGCUUUUCGUUCGGUCGUGGACGAUAUCGAUAACGAGCAAGAGCAAGUGGAUCCGCAAAUUCAAGCACGCUUCACCCGAGCAGUAGCCGAACUGCAAUUUUUGGGUUAUAUCAAAAUGUCCAAGCGCAAAACGGAUCAUGCUACACGAUUGACUUGGUAGCUGGAUAUGGUGGUCAAAAAAUAUGUUUAUUAUAGUUUUUGUUUUCAAUCAUUAAUUAUUAUUAAAGCCAAAUUAAUUUAUAA